UCUGCUGAUACAUGUUCCUACACGGACACAUUUCUAGCAGGGCGUGAAUGGACGAUCUUUGGGAAAAGGAGGCAUUUAUAUUUUGCGGUGGCGAAAAUGUCAGGCCUGUCAAAAACAGAGCGCGCUGGAUGUACAAAUAUACUGAAGUUAAUGUCGAAAGGCCACCUACUCUCACUUACUGACACAGUCACGAAUAAGAUGAUAGCAGUGGAAAAUGUGGCAGAGGCCUCGGAAACCAUCCUCUGCUUCACUAAAUCUGCCGAGGAGCUCCUGAAAAGGAAAAAGGUCCAUCGCGACCUCAUAUUCAAGUACCUGGUCGGAGAGGGCGUCGUGAUGCCGCCGAACAGCGAGAAACACCAGCUGGUGAAAAGGACCCUGGAGCUCUGGUCGUCUGGCAAGGCUGUGGCUGACAAAAGCCCUCCGGGACAGAGGGAUGACACAAGACCGAGGACGGCCACGGAGACGCUGUCCACGGAGGGGAAGGCCGAGGUGGGCUUUGACCCGCAGGUACUGGGCCAGCAGUUCUGCCAGUGGUUCUUCCAACUCUUAAACAGUCACAACCCCUCGCUGGGCCAGCCGCCUCAGGGUUGGGGGCCACAACACUUCUGGCCAGAUGUGAAGCUACGUCUCCUCGCCAAAGCUGGCAGUGAACAGAUGGAGGACUUCCUGGGGGCCGAACUGGUUAGCCUUCGUCUGCUAGCCUUGAUCAAGGAAGAGCGCCUCCUCCUCAGUCCCAAUCUGCAGCCUCAUGGCCUCAGGACACUGGCCUCCCCCCACGGACCGGUACUGGUGGCUGUAGCUGGGACCAUCCACAGAGACGAAGCCUGUCUGGGCAUUUUUGAGCAAAUCUUUGGUUUGAUUCGUUCCCCGCUGGAGAACAACAGCUGGAAGAUCAAGUUCAUGAACCUGAAGAUCAGAGGGCAGGAUGCUCUGGGUGGGACAGAUACGGUUGCCCCUGCCUUGAGUUACAACUCAACAGAUUUGCAGCUUCUAUGCAGUUGAUAAACACAGUUUCUUUAACAUUAUUUAACCAGUGAAUGUUUGUCUGGAAAAAUAUAUUUAUAUCCAGGGAAUGGAAGGGAAAGACCCAGGCAACGUGUACUGGACGGACCCCUCACGUACCCUAUUUUUAGCAUGUCAAGUUGUAAAGGCGGGUGUACAUCUGAAAGUUUUAAAAAAAUCAAAAAGUUUCUAAAAAUUUCCACUUCACUGACGUAACAUAAGGUAACGACAAAGCUUGAGCUUAAGUUUCCAAGUGUCUUACUUUUCAGAAAAUGUCAGUCUCAGUUGCUUCUUAUUGUGGAAAUAUUUCUGCUCCAAAUGUUCUGUUACUUUUUUAAUAGAAGUUUUGCUUUAUGUGCCUUAAAUACGAUACCAUGUAAAUAAAGAUAUAGAUGUGGUUUUGUAAAUAUGUAUCAUAAAGAUGUUAUCAACCAAUGUGUACACUUAUGCUUUGUUAUGACAAGGUCACUACUAGCAAGCAGAAUGCCUUUUACAUUAUGUUUUUUUAUGACACUACAUAGUCAACUACAAUGUCGAACAUAAUCCAAGAUUGCUGUGCCUUCGUAGGAUGAGUAAAGGUCAACCCACAAUGUUAAUGGCUGAUUAGUGUUGUCUCAAAGAACUUCACAAACUGACUGUAAUCAUGCAAAAGGCCUGUUGUGGGAUCUCGGUGUCAUCUAUCUGCGCAGUGAACAGAUGGAGGAGCUCCUGGGGGCUGAACCGGUUGCCCCCGGAGCUCCGGCCUUUCCCUCAUUACGUUGUGUCAGUAGGUGCUGCAAAUGAUAUCAGAAUAUCUAAUGAGAUAUACUUCCUAUCCAUCAGCAGCAUUUCAAAUAUAAAUUUGAAGUUCUUUUGGAUGCAACUCUCUCUAUUUUCUGAUAUGUUUAUCUUUCCACUUUAAUAGACGAUUUUGUGACAACCACUUUCUUUAGGGAACAUUGUUGACAAAAUGUUGUGACUUAAAUGUGAGUUAUUGACUUCUCUCAGCUGUAGUAUAGAAUAGCUACCCCAAUACUGAGUAUUAUUCUCAUAACAUUUCACAUUUUGCCCAAAUUUGCAUGAUACGUUUUAUUUGGGCUGAACCAAAGCAGAACAAAAAUGACAUUGAAUUAUUUAAAUUGUUUGUAAUUAUGAAUAACUUUACAGCCUAUGACAUAUGCUGUAUUGGAGAACAUUGGUAUAAUCACUUAAUUUACCAAACAUUUCUGAAGAUGAACAGAUCCCUUUUCCUUCUGACAAAUUCCCUGUUUUUGGGAAAAACACAAAGAACGUCUUCAUAGAAACCCCAACUCUUUGUUUCUGAUGUUCACAGUAAGGGAGAAUGUAUUUUUUACCCCCACUUAUUAUUAUUUGUUUUCAACACAUUCAAACACCAGCAGAGGGCAAGCAUGUGUACAUUGUGCAAGCAUCCCACACACACACACAUGUGAAUGAUUACUGAGGAGGGUCAGACAUCUAAUAAAUAAACACUUUCAUUAACUGCUCAGGGAGAAAACUGCCAUU